CAAACUCUGCGCAACUUAUUGAGCAAAUUUUCUCCUUCCUUUUCUGCUGAAAUUAAACAGUUAAAUCAACAGUAUGAGAAACAAUUUCAUAAGUGGAUGCUGCAAUUACACCUUGGGUUCAACAUUGUGCUUUAUGGUUUGGGUUCUAAGAGAGAUUUACUAGAAAGAUUUCGAACCACCAUGCUUCAGAAUUCCAUUCAUGUUGUCAUCAAUGGCUUCUUUCCUGGAAUCAGUGUGAAAUCAAUCCUGAAUUCUAUAACCGAAGAAGUCCUCGAUCAUGUGGGUACGUUCCGAAGUGUGUUGGACCAGCUAAACUGGAUAAUAAACAAAUUUAAAGAAGAUUCUUCUUUAGAACUCUUCCUUCUUAUCCACAAUUUGGAUAGCCAAAUGUUGAGAGGAGACAAUAGCCAACAAAUUAUUGGACAGUUGUCAUCUUUGCAAAACGUGUAUCUUAUAGCAUCUAUCGAUCACCUCAAUGCUCCUCUCAUGUGGGAUCAUGCAAAACAGAGUCUUUAUAAUUGGCUCUGGUAUGAAACUACUACAUAUAAUCCUUACACUGAAGAAACUUCCUAUGAGAAUUCUCUUCUGGUUAAACAAUCCGGAUCUCUACCACUUAGUUCUCUGACUCAUGUGUUACGAAGUCUUACCCCCAAUGCAAGGGGGAUUUUUAGGCUACUAAUAAAGUACCAGCUGGAUAACCAGGAUAACCCUUCCUAUAUUGGAUUUUCUUUCCAAGAUUUUUAUCAGCGGUGUCGGGAGGCAUUCCUUGUCAACAGUGAUCUCACACUCCGAGCCCAGUUAACUGAAUUUAGGGACCACAAACUUAUACGAACAAAGAAGGGAACUGAUGGUGUGGAAUAUUUAUUAAUUCCUGUUGACAAUGGAACAUUGACUGAUUUCUUGGAAAAGGAAGAAGAGGAGGUUUAAGCUGUCUUUGGACCUCAUGUGGAAGGUUUAUUGUACUCCAGCUGCUAUUCCUCUGGUCAAAAAUAAUUGUUCUUCUAACAUACAGGAUUGAAUAUUGAAGGGAGGUUUCAUCAAUUUGAACUUUGAUUAGCCUGGCUGGUAUACUAUUUCUAGUACUAUGCAGUGGUUGUCCACUGGAAAAAAUGUGCCUUUAAUUUAUUACUCUCUGGAGACUUCUUUCUGGGAUGAACAGUGUGCUCAGGGAUUAUUUGGAACUGGGUGUUUUUGAAUUCUUUUAUACUAGAUGUUAUUCCUAAUUUUUUGAGGGCCUUUCAACAUUCCCAGAGCUGAAUUACCGCAAGUGUGCUGCAUGUUCCAGAGUGUGAACGUAGAAGGUCAGGAGUUGAUGAAUGUGUUCUAUGUGUCAGAGUGAUGGUACAGAGAAGGUAGGUCAUCUCUUGCCUUUUAUGAAAUGACAAGAAAAGGUAUAAAUGGUGGUCAGCAUUCUCCUUAUGGACGGAGGCUGUAUACUUAGGGAUGGACACUAUCCAGUUGAGAUAGUGGAAAAAGUGUAAGACUUAGAGUAUGUGUCCAAUCUAGAAAGCAUGUGAACUAUGGACUGUGAUAUUGAUUUUCAUUGUACAAGUGAGAAGCCAGGCUAAUAAAAUCCUGAAUUACAUUUUAGUAAUUGUUUUCAGGACAAUAGAAAAUAAAACCAUUUCAUUAUUCGUAUAUAUUAGCAUAUUUUUCUUAAAUAACAUGCAGGUGGGUAGCACUGUAAUGGUUGGCUGAUCCUGAUUCUCUCUCAAGCAGACAUAAAACUCAUUGUAAGAUACUUCCAUUUUUUCCUAAACUGAUGAUCUCAAACCUGAAUAUUUAUGUGAGCCUUUUUUCUUAGAAACAGUAAAAAGACCAAGCUUGGCCAUUAUUGUCAAUUUAUAGUCGUCACAUACAUCCUGAAAUAUUUCACACCUGCAAAUGAAAUUCAUCAUUAAAAUAGCAUUAAUAAAA